AUGCAAAGUCUGAGAAAAAUCAUAGCUCGGAGAGGAAGACCAAGUAUUAUAAAUUUAGACAAUGGUACUAACUUUAUGGGAACUAAUAACCUUUUCCAGAAAAUUAAUUGGAAGGAAGUGGACGGAAAAACCACGAUUAAGAAAAUUAAAUGGAAAUUUAAUCCUCCUACAUCGGCAUGGUGGGGAGGAUGGUGGAAAAGACUAAUUAGAAUUAUAAAGGACAUGUUGAAGAGUAUUUUAGGCAGGACAAGCCUAGGUUACGAAGAAUUACUCACUGUGUUAUAUGAAGUUGAAACUGUCGUCAAUUCCCGUCCUUUGACAUACAUAUCGGAAGACAUUCAAGAUUUAAUGCCUUUAAAUUCAAAUAUGUUUUUAAGGGACAAUGUAGAAGGUUCUACGAUUGAAUUUGAUCACAUAAAUGGAAUAGAGCUGAAUAAGCGUUGGCAGUAUCGUCAAAAACUCAGAGAAGAUUUAAGAAAAAGAUUCAGAGCUGAAUACUUAGGAUAA